GCCAGCUCCAUCCCGGCAGAGGCUGCUGCUGCUGCAAGCAAGGAGCCCUCCUGCUCCUGCUCCUCCUCCGGCCCUCCAGCCCUCUCCAGCCCAGCCAUGGCCGAAGGAGGCGGCGAGGGAGAGGACGACGUCCAGUUCCUCCGGACAGAUGAUGAAGUCGUCCUUCAGUGUUCAGCCACAAUCUUAAAGGAACAGUUGAAGUUAUGUCUGGCUUCCGAAGGCUUUGGGAACCGGCUCUGUUUUCUGGAACCUACCUCCAAUGCUCAGAAAGUCCCUCCAGAUCUGGCGAUAUGUUGCUUCAGCCUGGAACAGUCCUUGUCCGUAAGAGCCCUGCAGGAGAUGCUGGCCAACACUGUGGAGGUAGGAUCCGAGUCUUCUCAAGGUGGUGGACACCGGACUCUGCUGUAUGGACACGCUAUUCUUCUCCGUCAUUCCCACAGCGGCAUGUAUUUAAGCUGCCUAACCACAUCUCGCUCCCUGACGGAUAAACUCGCCUUUGACGUGGGCCUGCAAGAGGAUGCGACAGGAGAAGCCUGUUGGUGGACCAUCCAUCCUGCCUCCAAACAGCGGUCAGAAGGAGAGAAGGUCCGCGUCGGUGAUGAUCUCAUCCUUGUAAGCGUCUCUUCUGAGCGCUACCUGCAUCUGUCGACGGCCAGUGGAGAACUUCAGGCAGACGCCUCCUUCAUGCAAACGCUUUGGAACAUGAACCCCAUCUGCUCAGGCUGUGAAGAAGGGUGUGUGACUGGGGGCCAUGUUAUGCGUCUCUUCCACGGCCACAUGGAUGAGUGCCUCACCAUCUCUACCACAGACCCGAAUGAAGACCAGCGCAGGGUGGUGAACUAUGAAGGUGGAGCUGUCUGUUCCCAGGCUCGUUCUCUCUGGCGUCUGGAGCCCUUGCGCAUCAGCUGGAGCGGUAGCCACAUGAAGUGGGGCCAGCCAUUCCGCGUCCGCCAUGUCACCACAGGCCGCUACCUGGCCUUGACGGAGGAAAAGGGACUGAUUGUAGUGGAUGCUGAGAAAGCCAACACCAAAGCCACAGCUUUUUGCUUCCGGGUCUCUAAGGAAAAGCUGGAUGUCGCCCCCAAACGAGACGUGGAAGGGAUGGGAGCUCCAGAGAUCAAGUAUGGGGAGUCCAUGUGCUUUGUGCAGCAUGUCGACAGUGGCCUCUGGGUGACGUAUGCAGCGGCUGAUGCCAAGGCACUGCGCCUGGGGCUGCUCAAGAGAAGGGCCAUCUUGCAUCAAGAAGGGCACAUGGACGAUGCACUUUCACUGACUCGCUGCCAGCAUGAGGAGUCACAGGCUGCCCGGAUGAUCUACAGCACAUCUGGACUCUAUAACCAGUUUAUCAAAGGCCUGGACACACUGAGCGGAAAGGUGAAGUCAAGCACCCCAGUGAGUCUUCCCAUCGAUGGGAUGAUUCUCAGCUUGCAGGACCUGAUCACCUACUUCCAGCACCCAGAGGAAGAGCUCCAGCAUGAGGAGAAACAGACCAAGCUCCGUUCUCUCAAAAACAGGCAAAACCUCUUCCAGGAGGAGGGGAUGAUCACCCUCGUUCUGAAUUGCAUUGACCGUCUCAAUGUGUACAGCACUGCCGCGCACUUUGCAGAGUAUGCUGGCGAGGAGGCAGCAGAGUCCUGGAAGGAGAUUGUCAACCUGUUGUAUGAGUUGCUUGCCUCCCUGAUCCGUGGGAACCGCUCCAAUUGUGCCCUUUUCUCCAACAACCUGGAUUGGCUGGUCAGCAAACUGGAUCGACUGGAGGCUUCAUCUGGCAUCUUGGAGGUUUUGUACUGUGUGCUGAUUGAAAGCCCUGAAGUGCUGAAUAUCAUCCAGGAGAACCACAUCAAGUCCAUCAUUUCACUACUGGACAAACAUGGGCGAAAUCAUAAGGUUCUGGAUGUCCUCUGUUCUUUGUGUGUCUGCAAUGGGGUGGCCGUCCGUUCCAACCAAAACCUUAUCACUGAAAACUUGCUUCCGGGGAGGGACCUGCUUUUGCAGACCAAACUCAUCAACUAUGUCACCAGCAUGCGUCCCAACAUCUUUCUGGGAACCCAUGAAGGCUCCACUCAAUACAAGAAAUGGUACUAUGAAAUGAUUGUGGAUUAUGUGGAGCCAUUUGUGACUUCGCAGGCCACGCAUUUGCGAGUCGGCUGGGCCAUGGCAGAGGGCUACAGCCCCUAUCCUGGAGGUGGGGAAGGCUGGGGAGGCAACGGUGUUGGAGAUGACCUCUACUCCUUUGGUUUUGAUGGGCUGCACCUAUGGUCAGGCCGUGUGGCACGGCCAGUGACAUCGCCUGGACAGCACACGCUGGGGGCAGAUGAUGUAGUGAGCUGUUGUCUAGACCUGAGCGUACCCAGCAUUUCAUUCCGCAUCAACGGCUUCCCUGUCCAGGGAAUGUUUGAGAACUUCAACUUGGAUGGGCUCUUCUUUCCUGUGGUCAGCUUUUCUGCAGGCAUCAAGGUGCGGUUCCUCCUAGGAGGACGUCAUGGGGACUUCAAGUUCCUUCCUCCUCCAGGUUAUGCUCCAUGCUAUGAGGCCCUCCUACCCCGCGACAAGAUGCGUGUGGAGCCCAUCAAGGAGUAUAAGCAUGACUUCAAUGGGGUCCGGAAUCUUUUAGGUCCUACACAGUCUUUGUCCCACACUGCCUUCACUCCUUACCCUGUGGACACCAUCCAGAUUGUGUUACCUCCCCAUCUUGAGCGGAUCCGGGAAAAAUUGGCGGAGAAUAUCCAUGAACUUUGGGCCCUAACCCGCAUUGAACAAGGAUGGACUUAUGGAACUAUUCGGGACGACAACAAGCGCUUACAUCCAUGUUUGCUGGAUUUCCACAGCCUGCCUGAGCCAGAACGCAAUUACAAUCUGCAGAUGUCAGGAGAAACACUCAAGACCUUACUUGCUCUGGGUUGCCAUGUGGGGAUGGCAGAUGAGAAAGCUGAAGAGAACCUCAAGAAAACGAAGCUUCCCAAAACGUACAUGAUGUCAAAUGGCUAUAAACCAGCACCACUGGAUCUCAACCACAUCAAGCUAACUCCAGCCCAGAAUACCCUAGUGGACAAACUGGCCGAGAAUGGGCACAACGUCUGGGCAAGGGAUCGUGUCCAACAGGGCUGGACCUAUAGUGUGUUGCAGGACAUCAAAAACAAACGCAACCCCCGUCUGGUACCCUACAGCCUGUUAGAUGAGCGAACCAAGAAAACAAACCGGGACAGCUUGCGUGAAGCAGUGCGCACUCUCAUCGGCUAUGGAUACAACAUUGAGCCACCAGACCAAGAAACCACAGGUCAAGAUCAGACCAAAGCUCGGUCAGAGAAGGUCCGCAUCUUCAGGGCUGAACAAUUCUAUGCAAUCAAAUCAGGCAAAUGGUACUUUGAGUUUGAGGCGGUCACCACUGGUGAGAUGCGCGUGGGCUGGGCACGACCAAAUGUGCGCCCAGAUGUGGAACUGGGAGCGGAUGAGCUUUCCUACGUCUUUAAUGGACAUCGGGGUCAGCGCUGGCACAUAGGUAGUGAACCUUUUGGCCGUCCAUGGCAACCAGGUGAUGUGGUUGGCUGCAUGAUAGACCUCAUUGACCAAAACAUCAUGUUCACCCUUAAUGGGGAGAUGCUGAUCAGUGACUCUGGAUCGGAGCUGGCCUUUAAAGACAUUGAGAUUGGAGAUGGCUUCAUCCCAGUAUGCAGCUUGGGCUUGUCCCAGGUUGGGCGUCUUAACUUGGGUCAGGACGUCAGCAGUCUUCGCUACUUCACCAUCUGUGGCUUACAGGAGGGCUUUGAGCCCUUUGCUAUCAACAUGAAGCGGGACAUCACCAUGUGGUUCAGCAAGAGCCUGCCCCAGUUUUCCCCAGUGCCAACAGAACACCCACAUUAUGAGGUGUCACGGAUGGAUGGUACUGUGGACAACCCACCAUGCCUCAAACUGACACACCGGACAUUUGGCUCACAGAACGCAAUUUUAGAACUCCUUUUCUUGCGCCUCAGCAUGCCUGUGGAGUUCCACGAGAAGUUCAAAAUCACAGCUGGCACCACUCCGCUCACCCAUGCUUUCACCAUCCCAGAAGAUGAAGUCAAGGAUAUUGACCUCGAUUCGGAGUUUGAGCAGCUGAAGAAAACUGCCAGCCGCAAGGAAGCUGAGGAGGCUGAGAAGGAGAAACAAGGCCCUCCGCCACCCGGCACCCCUAAAGAGCCUCCUAAAGAGCCCCCCAAGGCUGAGAAUGAAAAGGACUCCUCCACAGAAAAAAGCAAGACGAAACGAGGCUUCCUGUUCAAAGCCAAGAAGGCCACUACGUUCAUCACCCCACCACCUGUGGUCCCCACAGUACCUCGGCUGGAAGAAGAGGUGGUCCCAGAUGACCGAGAUGAUCCCGAGAUCAUCAUGAACACCACAACGUAUUACUACUCAGUCCGGAUCUUUGCAGGCCAGGAGCCCACAUGUGUCUGGGUAGGCUGGGUCACACCUGACUACCAUCAAUAUGACAUGAACUUUGACCUCACCAAAGUGCGAAAUGUCACGGUGACCAUGGGUGAUGACAAGGGAAACAUCCAUGACAGCAUCAAGCGAAGCAACUGCUACAUGGUCUGGGGAGGAGACUUUGUCAGCAGUACUCAGCAGACCCGGGUCAGCACUGUGGACUUGGUCAUUGGGUGCCUUGUUGACCUUGCCACCGGCCUGAUGACCUUCACAGCCAACGGAAAAGAGGUCAACACUUUCUUCCAAGUGGAGCCAAACACAAAGCUGUUUCCUGCUGUCUUUGCUCUGCCAACAAGCCAGAAUGUCAUCCAGUUUGAACUGGGCAAAUUGAAGAACAUCAUGCCCCUCUCAGCUGCCAUGUUCCGUAGUGAACGGAAGAACCCAGAACCCCAGUGCCCACCAAGGCUUGUUAUCCAGAUGCUGACACCAAUGACCUGGAGCCGCAUGCCCAAUGAGUUCCUGCGGGUUGAUGUUGCUCGCUUCAGCGAUCGGCAUGGCUGGAUGGUCGAGUGCACGGAUCCCAACAUCAUGAUGGCUCUCCACAUCCCAGAAGAAAGUCGGUGCAUCGACAUCUUGGAGCUGUCAGAACGUCUGGAACUGCUGAAGUUCCACUCCCACAGCCUGAAGCUCUACUGUGCUGUGUGUGCUUUGGGCAACAAUCGGGUGGCGCAUGCCUUGUGCAGCCAUGUGGAUGAGUCGCAGCUGCUGUACACCAUUGAGAGCAACCAUCUUCCUGGCCUUCUGCGCAGUGGCUACUACGACCUGCUCAUCAGCAUGCACUUAGAGUCUGCCAAACGCUCCCGCCUCAUGAUGAACAGCGAGUUCAUUGUCCCCAUGACGGAUCAAACCAAGGGCAUCACACUUUUCCCAGAUGACACCAAGAAGCCUGGUUUACCUGGCGUGGGCAUGAGCGCCUGUUUGCGUCCUCCUCUGCACUUCUCAGAAACCUGCUUUGUUAGCACCAACUCCGAGCUGUACCAGCUGAGUCCUUCCAUCCCCUUGGAUAUCCUCAAGGUGAAGGCCAUCAACAUGCUGACCGAGGCUGUCCAAGAUGGUGGGCAGCACACCCGUGAUCCUGUUGGCGGCAGCGUGGAGUUCCAGUUUGUGCCAGUCCUCAAGUUAAUCUGCACCCUCCUCAUCAUGGCUAUCUUUGAAGAUGAGGAUGUACGGCACAUCCUCAAGAUGAUCGAACCCUAUGUCUUUGGGGAGUCCAAGGAAGAGGAGGAGGAAGUGCCGGCGGGUGAAGAAGGAGCUGAAGAAGGGGAAGAGCUGGUGGCUGAGGAAGAAGAGGAGUUGGUGGCAAUGGAGGAGGAAGAAGGCGAUGGGGCAGAGAAAGAGGCUGGAGGAGGGCAGAAGGAGGAAGCAGAGGAGGGUGACAAGAGGGAGUUGAAAGCCAUUGAGGCUGGGGAAGCAGAAGCCAAGGAAGAAGAGGAAGGAUUGGAGGAGGGCCUGCUACAGAUGAAGCUUCCUGAAUCUGUCAAACUGCAGAUGUGCAACCUGUUGCAAUUCUUCUGUGACCGGGAGCUGCAACACCGUGUAGAAGCCAUCAUUGCAUUCUCAGAGCGCUAUGUGGACAACCUGCAGAUCAACCAGCGCCAGCGCUACAACACACUGAUGCAGGACUUUGCAAUGUCGGCCGCUGAGACGGCUCGGCGCACCAGGGAGUUCCGCUCCCCACCACAGGAGCAGAUUAAUAUGCUGCUGAACUUCAAGAAUGGGGCUGAUGAGGAAGAGUGCCCAGUGCCAGACGAAAUCCGUGAUGAGUUGCUGGAGUUUCACACUGACUUGUUGGCUCACUGUGGUAUCCAGGCGGAGGGUGAGGAAGAAGAGGAGGAAGAAGACACAUCCUUCCGACGGCGGUUGAUGAGCUUAGUGGAUAAGGUGGUGAGCUUCCGCAAGAAGAAAGAGGAACAGGAAGAGGAACAGCCUGCAGAAGAGGAGCCUAAACCUAGCACUCUGCAGGAGUUGAUCUCACACACUAUGGUCCAUUGGGCCCAAGAGUCCUUCAUUCAGAGCCCAGAGCUGGUGCGGGUCAUGUUCAGCCUUCUUCAUCGGCAGUACGACGGCCUUGGGGAGUUAAUUCGUGCCAUGCCCAAGGCCUACACCAUUAAUGCCAACUCUGUAGAGGAUACUAUGAGCCUGCUGGAGUGCCUGGGCCAGAUCCGUUCACUGCUCAUUGUCCAGAUGGGCCCGGAGGAGGAGAACCUGAUGAUUCAGAGCAUUGGCAACAUUAUGAACAAUAAGGUCUUCUACCAGCAUCCCAACCUGAUGAGGGCCCUAGGCAUGCAUGAAACUGUCAUGGAGGUGAUGGUGAAUGUAUUGGGAGGAGGAGAUUCAAAGGAGAUCCGGUUCCCCAAGAUGGUGACCAACUGUUGCCGCUUCCUGUGCUACUUUUGCCGUAUCAGCCGCCAGAACCAGCGCUCCAUGUUUGACCACCUGAGCUAUUUGCUGGAGAACAGCGGCAUUGGGUUGGGCAUGCGUGGAUCCACUCCCUUGGAUGUGGCUGCCGCUUCUGUCAUUGAUAACAAUGAGCUGGCCCUGGCCCUGCAGGAACAAGACCUGGAGAAGGUGGUGACAUAUCUGGCCGGAGCUGGCCUCCAGAGCUGCCCUAUGCUGCUCUCCAAGGGUUAUCCUGACAUCGGGUGGAACCCGUGCGGAGGAGAACGUUAUUUGGACUUCCUGCGCUUCACUGUCUUUGUCAACGGGGAGAGCGUGGAAGAGAAUGCCAAUGUAGUUGUGCGCCUGUUAAUCCGACGCCCCGAGUGCUUUGGCCCAGCCCUAAGAGGUGAAGGUGGCAAUGGUUUGUUGGCAGCCAUAGAGGAAGCCAUCCAGAUCUCCCAGGAUCCAGCCCGCGAUGGGCCCACUGUCAAAAAGGAUCGCCGUCGGGAGCUGUUUGGGGGAGAAGACACUCAUGAGGAGAACCGGGUUCAUUUGGGCAAUGCAGUCAUGUCCUUCUAUGCUGCACUCAUCGAUUUGCUGGGGCGUUGUGCCCCCGAAAUGCAUCUCAUCCAGGCCGGGAAAGGUGAAGCGCUCAGGAUCAGAGCCAUCUUGCGCUCUUUGGUGCCCAUCGAAGACCUCGUCGGAGUCAUUAGCCUUCCACUGCAGAUCCCUUCAUUUGGCAAAGAUGGCAGUGUUGUUGAGCCCAAGAUGUCGGCCAGCUUCGUGCCUGACCACAAGGCUCCCAUGGUGUUGUUCCUGGACCGGGUCUAUGGCAUUGACAACCAGGACUUCCUUCUCCAUGUGCUGGAAGUGGGCUUCUUGCCUGACAUGAGAGCCGCUGCCUCAUUGGACACAGCUGCCUUCAGUACCACUGAGAUGGCACUGGCCUUGAACCGCUAUCUCUGUUCAGCCGUGUUGCCGCUCAUCACCAAGUGUGCUCCGCUUUUUGCUGGCACUGAGCACCGGGCCAUCAUGGUGGACUCCAUGCUUCAUACCAUCUACCGUCUCUCACGUGGACGCUCCCUCACCAAGGCUCAGCGUGAUGUCAUUGAAGAGUGCCUCAUGGCGCUGUGCAGGUACAUCCGGCCCUCCAUGCUUCAACACCUCUUGCGCCGGUUGGUCUUUGACGUGCCCAUCCUGAAUGAGUUUGCCAAGAUGUCCCUGAAGCUACUGACCAACCAUUAUGAACGCUGCUGGAAGUAUUACUGCCUUCCUACCGGCUGGGCCAACUAUGGGGUCAGCUCAGAAGAGGAGCUUCACCUGACCAGGAAACUCUUCUGGGGCAUCUUUGAGUCCUUGUCCCACAAGAAAUUUGACUCUGACCUAUACAAGCUCGCCAUGCCCUGCCUAUGUGCCAUUGCAGGGGCCAUCCCACCUGACUACGUGGAUGCUAGCUACUCUUCCAAGACUGAGAAGAAGGCUUCUGUGGAUGCUGAGGGCAACUUUGACCCCAAACCUGUGGAGACACUCAAUGUCAUCAUUCCAGAGAAACUGGACUCUUUCAUCAACAAGUAUGCUGAAUACACUCAUGAGAAAUGGGCCUUUGAUAAGAUUCAGAAUAACUGGUCUUUCGGAGAGGCUUACGAUGAGGAGGCCAAGACAAGCCCCAUGUUGCGUCCAUAUAAAACAUUCUCAGAAAAGGAUAAGGAAAUUUACCGGUGGCCCAUCAAGGAGUCUUUGAAGGCCAUGAUAGCUUGGGAGUGGACCGUUGAGAAAGCCCGGGAGGGUGAAGAGGAGAAGAGUGAGAAGAAAAAGACCCGCAAGAUCUCGCAGACUCAGACAUAUGAUCCUAGCCAUGGAUACAAUCCUCAGCCUAUAGAUCUGUCUGGAGUUACUCUUUCCAGGGAAUUGCAGGCCAUGGCAGAGCAGCUGGCUGAGAAUUACCACAACACCUGGGGACGCAAGAAGAAAGUAGAGCUAGAAGCCAAAGGUGGAGGCACCCAUCCUCUUCUGGUGCCUUAUGAUACAUUAACAGCAAAGGAGAAAGCCCGGGACCGAGAAAAGGCCCAAGAGUUGCUCAGAUUCUUGCAGCUUAAUGGUUAUGCAGUGACAAGGGGUUUGAAGGACAUGGAGCUGGACACAUCAUCCAUUGAGAAACGCUUUGCCUAUGGUUUCCUGCAACAGCUGUUGAAAUGGAUGGACAUCUCUCAGGAGUUCAUUGCCCAUCUGGAGGCCGUGGUGAGCAGCGGACGGGUAGAGAAAUCCCCUCAUGAGCAAGAGAUCAAGUUCUUUGCCAAGAUCCUUUUGCCACUGAUCAACCAAUACUUCACCAACCACUGCCUCUACUUCUUGUCCACACCGGCCAAAGUGCUAGGCAGUGGGGGCCAUGCUUCCAACAAGGAGAAGGAGAUGAUAACCAGCCUUUUCUGCAAACUGGCAGCCCUGGUCAGGCACCGGGUCUCUCUCUUUGGCACAGAUGCUGCUGCUGUGGUUAACUGCCUCCAUAUCCUUGCUCGCUCUUUGGAUGCCAGGACAGUGAUGAAAUCAGGCCCUGAGAUUGUGAAGGCUGGGCUGCGUUCUUUCUUUGAAGGUGCCUCAGAUGACAUUGAGAAGAUGGUGGAGAAUCUCAAGCUGGGCAAAGUGUCACAAUCCCGCACCCAGGUCAAGGGUGUGGGCCAGAAUAUCACUUACACCACUGUGGCACUGCUGCCUGUCCUUACAUCCAUCUUUGAGCACAUUGCCCAGCACCAGUUCGGGGAUGAUGUGAUAUUGGAUGAUGUCCAGGUCUCCUGCUACCGAACUCUGUGCAGUAUCUAUUCCCUUGGUACAACCAAAAAUCCUUAUGUGGAGAGGCAACGCCCACAACUUGGGGAAUGUUUGGCACGACUAGCAGCAGCGAUGCCCGUGGCCUUCUUGGAGCCUCAUAUCAACGAAUACAACCCCUUCUCCGUUUACACCACCAAAUCACCCAGAGAGCGAGCCAUCUUGGGCCUACCAAACAGUGUGGAGGAGAUGUGUCCAGAUAUCCCCGUCCUGGAGAGGCUCAUGAAGGAAAUCAGUGGGCUGGCUGAGUCUGGAGCCCGCUACACUGAGAUGCCCCACGUGAUUGAGAUCACCUUGCCAAUGCUCUGCAACUACUUACCUCGCUGGUGGGAGCGGGGCCCUGAAAACAACCCCCAGGGUCCCUGGUGCACUGAUGUGACGUCUGACCAACUCAACACCUUGCUGGGCAACAUCCUGAAGAUCAUUGUCAACAACCUGGGUAUAGAUGAAGCUUCCUGGAUGAAGCGGUUGGCAGUCUUUGCACAGCCCAUUGUCAGCAAGGCAAAACCAGAACUGCUUCGCUCCCACUUCAUUCCCACCAUGGAGAAACUGAAGAAGCGCUCAGGGAAGGUGGUAGCUGAGGAGGACCAGUUGCGCUUGGAAGCUAAGACAGAGUCCGAGGAUGCUGAGCUACUCAUUCGGGACGAGUUCUCGGUGCUUUGUCGGGACCUCUAUGCCCUAUACCCACUGCUCAUCCGAUAUGUGGACAACAACAGGGCCAAUUGGUUGACGGAACCAAACUCGGAUGCUGAGGAGCUGUUUCGGAUGGUUGGGGAGGUGUUCAUUUACUGGUCCAAGUCACACAACUUCAAACGAGAAGAACAAAACUUUGUGGUGCAGAAUGAAAUCAACAACAUGUCCUUCCUAACAGCUGAUAGCAAGAGCAAAAUGUCCAAGUCUGGAGAAGGCCAGUCAGGUGGCUCAGACCAGGAGCGGACGAAGAAGAAACGCCGUGGGGACCGCUACUCUGUCCAGACCUCUCUCAUUGUGGCCACUCUGAAGAAGAUGCUGCCCAUUGGCCUGAAUAUGUGCUCCCCCACUGACCAGGAGCUGAUCAACUUGGCCAAGCUACGCUAUGCCCUGAAAGAUACAGAUGAAGAGGUGCGUGAAUUCCUCAACAACAACCUACACCUUCAGGGCAAGUGUGAGAAUUCCUCAUCCAUGCGCUGGCAGAUGGCUCUCUAUAAGGAGAUGUCUGGCAAAGCCGAGGACUGUAACAAUCCAGAGAAGAUUGUCAAACGGGUUCAGGAGGUCUCAGCUGUGCUUUAUCACCUGGAGCUGACGGAGCACCCAUACAAGUCAAAGAAGGCUGUGUGGCAUAAACUGCUCUCCAAACAACGCCGGCGUGCCGUGGUGGCCUGCUUCCGCAUGACACCCCUCUACAACCUGCCCAGGCAUCGGGCUUGCAAUAUGUUCUUGGAGAGCUACAAGCUGUCCUGGAUCCUUUCUGAAGAGCAUCCUUUUGAAGACAGGAUGAUUGACGAUUUGUCUAAACCAGGAGAGGAAGAAGAGGAAGAGGAGGAAGAGGCAGAAAAGAAGCCAGACCCAUUGCACCAGCUCAUCCUGCACUUCAGCAGGACUGCCCUGACAGAGAAGACCAAACUGGAGGAAGAUUACCUGUACAUGGCAUACGCUGACAUCAUGGCAAAAAGUUGCCACUUAAACGAAGAAGAAGGUGAUGAGGGUGAAGAAGGGGAAGAAGCUGAAGUUCCUUUUGAAGAGAAGGAAAUGGAGAAACAGAAACUUCUGUAUCAACAGUCCCGACUGCACAACCGUGGGGCAGCCGAGAUGGUUCUGCAGAUGAUUAGCGCCUGUAAAGGGGAGCCUGGUGCCAUGGUAUCUUCCACGCUGAAACUGGGCAUCUCCAUCCUGAAUGGUGGCAAUGAGGAAGUGCAGCAGAAAAUGCUGGAUUAUCUGAAGGAGAAACGUGAAGUGGGAUUCUUCCAGAGCAUCCAAGCACUAAUGCAGACAUGCAGUGUGCUGGAUCUCAAUGCCUUUGAGAGGCAAAACAAAGCCGAAGGACUGGGAAUGGUGACAGAGGAUGGAACGAUCAUCAGUCGUGAAAAUGGAGAGAAGGUGAUGGCGGACGAUUUGUUCACACAGGACCUCUUUCGGUUCCUGCAGCUUCUAUGUGAAGGUCAUAACAACGAUUUUCAGAACUACCUGCGGACGCAGACAGGAAACACAAACACAAUCAACAUUAUCAUCUGUACUGUUGACUAUCUUCUGCGUCUUCAGGAGUCCAUCAGUGAUUUCUACUGGUAUUACUCUGGCAAGGAUGUGAUUGAUGAGCAAGGCAAACGCAACUUCUCCAAAGCCAUGGCGGUGGCCAAGCAGGUCUUCAACAGCCUUACCGAGUAUAUCCAGGGACCGUGCACUGGGAACCAACAGAGCCUGGCACAUAGCAGACUGUGGGAUGCUGUAAUUGGUUUUCUCCAUGUCUUUGCUCACAUGAUGAUGAAGUUGGCUCAGAUGACCCAACCCCCCGGACUUCGAAAUGGCGACUCAAGCCAAAUUGGCCUUCUGAAGGAGCUGUUGGACCUGCAGAAAGACAUGGUGGUGAUGCUGCUGUCCUUACUGGAAGGGAAUGUGGUGAAUGGCACCAUUGCCCGGCAGAUGGUGGACAUGUUGGUGGAAUCCUCCAGCAAUGUAGAGAUGAUUCUCAAGUUCUUUGAUAUGUUCUUGAAGUUGAAGGACAUUGUGGCCUCUGAUGCCUUCCGGGAUUACAUCACAGAUCCUCGGGGGCUCAUAUCCAAGAAGGAUUUCCAGAAAGCCAUGGAUAGCCAGAAGCAAUACACACCAUCUGAGAUCCAGUUCUUGCUGUCGUGUUCAGAGGCUGACGAGAAUGAGAUGAUUGACUAUGAGGAGUUUGCCAACCGCUUCCAAGAGCCCGCCAAAGACAUUGGUUUUAAUAUCGCUGUACUGUUGACUAACCUCUCUGAGCACAUGCCACAUGACCACCGCCUCAAGACCUUCUUGGAACUGGCAGAGUGCAUCCUCAACUACUUCAGUCCCUAUCUGGGCCGCAUUGAGAUCAUGGGUGCCAGCAAGCGUAUUGAGCGCAUCUACUUUGAAAUCAGUGAGACCAACAAAGCCCAGUGGGAAAUGCCUCAAGUGAAGGAGUCCAAGCGGCAAUUCAUUUUUGAUGUGGUCAAUGAGGGGGGAGAGUCAGAGAAGAUGGAGCUCUUCAUCAAUUUCUGUGAGGACACCAUCUUUGAGAUGCAGAUUGCAGCUCAGAUUUCCGAGGAGGAAGGGCAGGAGGAAGAAGAGGAGGAAGAAGAAGGAGAAGGAGCAGAAGCAGGGGAGGCCGAGAAGGCGUCAGCACCAUCAGAGGCUUCUUCAGCUUUUGGGGAGUUUUUGGAAAGCGUCCUGAACUUCUUCCGAAUGUUCACUUACCGCAACAUCCGUCGGCAGUUCCGUAAAAUCAAGAAGAUGACUGUGAAGGAGAUGGCCAUGGCAAUUGCCACUUUCGUUUAUACUAUUCUGAUGGGCAUCCUCUUUUUCUUCUACAACAUCUUCAAGGGCAUCUUCCUUCUCAUCUGGAACACACUUUUCGGUGGUGGCCUAGUGGAAGAGGCCAAGAAGAUCACCAUGACUGAACUGUUGGCCAGCAUGCCUGACCCCACACAAGAUGAGGUGCAUGGGGACGUAGCCCCAUCUGAAGAGGCUGAGCAAGUGAUGGAGGAAGGGGAGGAAGUAGAGAUAGACGAGUCUGGCAAAGAGGAAGCACCUGCCGAAGGAGGAGAGCUUGGAGCAGACAAGAAGGAGCAUUUCCGGUCCAUGGCUGCCGACGCACCUGGUGGGCUUGGGGAUAUGGGCGAUACAACCCCUGUGGAACCACCUACACCUGAAGGAUCACCCAUCCUUAAGAGGAAACUAGGAAUGGAUGGAGAGGAAGAGAUAGUGGAGCCAGAGAAAAUAGAAGAGCCUCCUGUAGAACCAGAGAAAGCUGAUGCUGAAAAUGGGGAAAAGGCAGCAAAGGAGGAGGAAGAGGAGAAGAAGAAGGAGGAGGAGGCAACACCUGAGGAAGAAGAGCCCCACAAACCAGUCAAGGAGAAGAAGAAGGUGACCCAGCGGGAGAAGAAGGAGUCCGAGGCAGCAGGCUCAGAAUUUUGGAACGAGCUGGAAGUCCAGCGGAUAAAAUUUCUGAACUAUCUGUCUAGGAAUUUCUACAACCUCCGCUUCCUUGCCCUCUUCUUGGCCUUCGCGAUCAACUUCAUCCUGCUCUUCUACAAGGUGUCAGACUCGCCCCCAGGUGAGGAAGAGUUUGAAGGCUCUGGCUUUGAAGGAGAGCUGGAUGCAGCCUCUGGUGCUGGCUCAGGUUUUGGUGGGGACGAUGACGGCGGGGAUGGCAACGGGAAUGGCAACGGGGAUGAGGACGAAGAAGACAGCGUGGUCUACUACUUCCUGGAGGAGAGCACGGGCUACAUGCAGCCAGCCUUGCAGUUCCUGUCCAUUGUCCAUACCCUUGUGGCCUUCCUUUGCAUCAUCGGCUACAACUGCCUCAAGGUGCCGCUGGUCAUCUUCAAGCGUGAGAAGGAGCUGGCGCGCAAGCUGGAGUUCGAUGGGCUCUACAUCACGGAGCAGCCUGAGGACGAUGACAUCAAGGGCCAGUGGGACCGCCUGGUCCUCAAUGCCCCGUCAUUCCCGAGCAAUUAUUGGGAUAAAUUCAUCAAGAGAAAGGUGCUUGAUAAAUACGGUGACAUCUAUGGACGGGAGAGAAUUGCAGAACUGCUGGGGAUGGAUUUGGCCAGUCUGGAAAUUACAGCGCAGAACGAGAAAAAAUCUGAGCCGGACAAGUCUUUCCUUACUUGGAUCACCUCUAUUGACCUGAAAUACAAGAUCUGGAAGUUUGGAGUCAUCUUUACAGACAACUCCUUCUUGUAUCUCUUCUGGUACAUGGUGAUGUCCGUCCUCGGCCACUACAACAACUUCUUCUUUGCUUCCCACCUUCUGGACAUCGCUAUGGGCGUCAAGACGCUGCGGACCAUCCUCUCAUCUGUCACUCACAAUGGCAAACAGCUGAUGAUGACAGUGGGGCUGCUGGCAGUGGUUGUGUAUCUCUACACUGUGGUCGCCUUCAACUUUUUCCGCAAGUUCUACAACAAGAGUGAGGAUGAGGACGAGCCUGACAUGAAAUGCGAUGACAUGAUGACGUGUUACCUGUUUCACAUGUAUGUUGGGGUCCGAGCUGGUGGGGGCAUUGGUGACGAGAUCGAGGACCCGGCCGGUGAUGAGUAUGAGCUUUAUCGUGUCAUCUUUGACAUCACUUUCUUCUUCUUUGUCAUUGUCAUCCUACUGGCCAUUAUCCAAGGUUUGAUUAUUGAUGCCUUUGGGGAGCUGAGAGACCAGCAGGAGCAGGUGAAGGAGGACAUGGAGACCAAAUGUUUCAUCUGUGGAAUCGGGAGUGACUAUUUUGACACGACACCUCACGGCUUUGAAACCCACACGCUGGAGGAGCAUAACUUGGCAAAUUAUAUGUUCUUCCUCAUGUAUCUCAUCAACAAGGAUGAAACGGAGCACACUGGCCAGGAGUCCUAUGUCUGGAAGAUGUACCAAGAACGCUGCUGGGACUUCUUCCCUGCUGGCGACUGCUUCCGCAAGCAGUAUGAAGAUCAGCUCGGCUAGAUGCCACCCUGCAGUGUCCCAAGAAGGAAAGUACCUGGCCAGCUUCCACCUUCCUUGCCCUCUUCCUUUGGUCCUGGAUGGAUGGAGGCAGAGCUGACGCAAGGUGGCACACCCGAUCUGACCUUUUCUCUUUUAAAAAGUGGUGGGAGAGAGUGGGAGAAGCUGCCUUGUCCAUCCCCCCCACCUGGUCAUUGCUGCUGUCCCUUGUGUGUCCUACUGCUGUUACUUCCUACUAUCCCUGCCACCAAACCCAAGUGACCCAAUCCCUGGGCCAAAGAGACAGGUAUUCCUGCCCCCUGGGAAAAUGGCUAGAUGGUUUAGGGCCAGAGGGCAGCAGUUAAUGUUAAGGCUUGGCCAGUAGCUCUUCCCACCUCCUCCCUGUCCCAUGGGGGUGUCCAUGCAAUACUGCCCUUCCUGGGUAAACGGACCCCCCCAGUUUCAAGUGCCUUUUAUAGUCUCUUAACCCUAGAGGGGCCCUUGUGGGUGGGAGCCAGAUGCAAUUUUUAGUGGAGGGGAUGAGAGUUAUUUUGCUGCUGUCUGUCAGCCAUUUUGCUGUUGGCUGGACAAGCAGAUGGCUUAUUGGUGGGGAAGGGAGAAAGAAAGAGUCCGGCUUUCUAGAGCAAGUUCCAAAAAUGGGGCACUAAUGCAGCCCCUUCCCACAUUAGUACACUUUUGCAGUACUGGCCCAACCCGCUCCAAGCUGUGUCUCCUUUGUGGGGCUUCUCUGUGCUAACAGUUUUUCUCUGGAGCUGGGGAGGCAUGUGGGAAGCCCAUCCUAAACCACCUCAUGUGUGUUUGUGUGUAAGGAACCAGUGGUACCAGAACAGAGUGAGUAUCACAGUUCUGUGAACCAGGGUCCUGUUCCACUCCUGUCCUGUCAUGCACUGUGUGCUACUGCCAGUACCAUACAGAGUUGUAAGUGGGGCCUGUCUUGGGGACAACUGAGACUCCAGACUCCCCCCAUCCCUGAGCACAGCUUGGUUCCCUGUCAAUAAAAUCAUAGACUGCUGCA